AUGCCAACAAUCGUUCGAGGAAUUAAAACGGUAUCUGUCGACUCCCCCAGUACUGUCUACCCCCAGGAGGGCGAGCCCUUACUGUUGUACCUCGCCGCCUCGGCCAAAGCGGUAAGUUCGGUGCUGGUUCGAGAGGAGGAACGAGUCCAGCACCCGGUUUACUAUGUAAGCCGCUCACUGAAAGCUGCCGAGACACGGUACACUGCCCUGGAAAAGAUCGUGUAUGCCUUGGUGGUCACCGUUCGCAAGUUGGCGCCUUAUUUCCAAGCCCAUACCGUCCGGGUCCUGACGGAUCAACCACUCGGGAAUGUACUACGGAACCCCAUGUCUUCCGGCCGGCUAGUGAAGUGGGCCGUCGAGCUGACACAAUACGGGAUCGAAUACCAACCCAGGCCCUCCAUCAAAGGCCAAGCUUUGGCCGACUUCCUGGUCGAGUGUACGGCGAGCGAGGAGGAGAAGGAAAGUGCCUCGGAAAGCACCCCGGGCGAGUGGUGGGAGAUGCAUGCGGACGGAGCAUCAAGUCGACAGCACUGCGGAGGCGGCGUUGUGCUCAUCACCCCGGAGGGAUUUCGGCUGUAUUACGCCCUAAGGUACUUGUUCCCUGCAUCAAAUAACGAGGCCGAGUACGAAGCAGUAUUGAAUGGCCUCCGACUCGCCAAGGGUCUAGGAAUCGAACGGCUACGAGUCAAAACCGACUCCCGACUAGUAGUUGGGCAGAUCUCGGGUACGUGCGAAGCUAAGAACGCGAGGAUGGCGUUGUACAAAGAAUGUGCCAACAAGAUGUUGAAGGGGUUCGAAGCUUAUGAAAUAGAAUACAUAUCCCGGGCGGACAACGUAGAGGCCGACAUCUUGUCUAAAAUCGCCCUGGAAGGGGUGCCGGACCGCUUAAUAAAGAUUUGCCAGAAGGAGGAGCUAAGUCGGCCGAGCGUCGAAGAGGCGCCGCUAGAUGUCCAGCAAGUAAGCAUCGAAGGGUGGAAUCGAGAGAAAAACCCGGAGAUGUUCUGGAUAGAUGACAUCCGGCGAUUCAAGGAAACGGGCGAGUUGCCAGCUGACCCAUCAGUCGCCGCAAGGGUUCGGCGGAAAGCUCCCUCUUUCCGGAUCGUGAUCUGUCGCUACGGUUUGCCCGAGCACAUCGUCAGCGAUAACGGGCGACAGUUUGAUUGCCAGGCAUUCGCCGAAUUCUGCCACCGACACGGUAUCAAGCAUACCAAGGUAUCGGUGGCCUACCCCCAGGCAAAUGGACAGGUGGAGAAUGUGAACCGAACCCUGGUCGAUGGGAUCCGGAAGAAACUCGAGGACGUCCGAGGAAACUGGGCGGACGAGCUUGAUCGAGUUGGCGACCUAGUGCUGCGGGAUCGACAAGCCAGCCAGCCCACCGAAGGAGGCAAGCUCGCGGUCAAGUGGGAAGGACCGUACCGCAUCGCGACCGUAGUUCAGGCCGGAACUUACAAGUUAGAAACCAUGGAAGGCAAGCUUAUAGACCGUAUAUGGAAUGCAGCACAUUUGAAAAGGUUUUAUCAGUAG